CAGCCCGGGAGGAGUGAGUGAGAGGAGGCGAGGGAGUCGGCCACGACUGCUGUUACUACUGCCGCUGCUUGUUCUCCAUCACCGCCGCACGGAUACUAUACAGUCACCCUAUAAUACACCCGGCUCUCAGUAUAACAUGCCUGCUGACAGCAUGGAGAAGCCCACCGCCUCCCCCAUUGCGGGGGCCCCGGCCAGUUCUGCACAGACCCCGGAUAAACCUAAGAGUGCCAGUGAGCACAGGAAGUCCUCCAAGCCCAUCAUGGAGAAGCGCAGGAGAGCCCGCAUCAACGAGAGCCUGGGGCAGCUCAAGACGCUCAUCCUGGAUGCGCUGAAGAAAGAUAGCUCCCGGCACUCCAAGUUAGAGAAAGCUGAUAUCCUGGAGAUGACGGUGAAACACUUGCGGAACCUGCAGCGGGUGCAGAUGACAGCCGCGCUGACAGCCGAUCCCUCCGUGCUCGGCAAGUACAGGGCCGGAUUCAAUGAGUGCAUGAACGAGGUGACCCGCUUCCUCUCCACCUGCGAGGGGGUGAACACUGAGGUCAGGAGUCGCCUGCUGGGCCACCUCUCCGGCUGCCUGGGCCAGAUCGUGGCUAUGAACUACCAGCAGCCCCCCUCCAGCCAGCCCCUGCACGUCCAGCUGCCCGCAGCACCCGUGGCCUCAGCCCCGGUCCCCAUGCCCUGCAAGCUGAGCCCGGCUGAGGCCGUUUCUCCCAAAGUGUUCCAGGGAGGAUUCCAGCUGGUCCCGGCCACGGACGGACAAUUCGCCUUCCUUAUUCCCAACCCGGCCUACGCUUCCAGCCCGGGACCCGUCAUCCCCCUCUACGCCAGCGGGAAUGUCCCCUCCAGCGGAGGGCCCCAGGCCCAGUCCCCGGGGCUCACCAGCACAUACAGCCACAAGAUGCAUCACCUGCCGCAGCCAGUCAGCCCUCUGGGGGGCAGCAGCGGGCCGGAGGGCAGCGAGUCCGUCUGGAGACCCUGGUGACCGGAUCGCUCACCUGAAAGACUGUCUAUUCUGGUUCCGUUCUAUGGGACCUUGCCUUACAGACCAUCCCAACCAAACUUAUUUAUUUCCAUAUAUGGCGACUGAACUCUUUUUAUAUUAUUAAAAACUUGUAUAAAUUACCCAUUUUUGUAAUAAAACUUUUCAUGAGAAUUUUUUUUCUAGUUUUGUACAAGUGGUACAAAUAAUGUGUCAUGGCAGAGUCAUUGUGGUGUUUUUGUGUCAAAAACUUCCCAAAAUAUAUAUACAGGAGUUUUAUUAAAUAAACUCUAUAUUUUA